AUGUCACAUCUCCUCAUCCUUUUCUCCCUCUCCCUCUCCCUACCCAGUAUAACGGCCCAACUUACGCCCUCACCUACCUACACCCCUCCGACCGCAUCCGCAGGUCUAGCCUCUUCCACUGCCACCCCCAACACACAAUGGUCGAAUGUACUCGGCAAUUCGUUGUACUUUUACGAUGCUCAGCGGUCAGGCAGACUCAGCGAAGGAUCAUACGGGAAUAGGGUGGAAUGGAGGAAUGAUAGUGCCCUGCAAGAUGGGGAGGACUAUGGGCUGGAUUUGACGGGAGGAUUCUACGAUGCGGGUGAUUAUAUCAAAGCGACUUUUCCUUUGACGUUCACUUUAUUCGCUCUGGCUUGGGGAGCUCUCACGCAUGGAGAAGGAUAUGACCAAGCUCAACAGACGGCUUAUCUCGAUGGUACACUUAGAUGGGGGUAUGACUGGCUGAUCAAGGCUCACCCAUCCGAUGACGUUCUGUUCGUGCAAGUUGGGUCUGGUGAUGUAGAUAAUGGGUACUGGGGUGGAGACGAGAACAUACCUACACCCCGACCGGCAUACCCCGUUAAUUCCUCUUCUCCCGGCACAGAUGCAUGGUCUUCAGCAGCGGCCGCCUUCGCACUUGGCUCUAUGCUAUAUACACCUUCCAUAUCCUACAACCUGACUUCCUCAUCGUCUCCACCUACCUCACCAUCACUAGGGAAUUCCACUUACUCCUCUCUCCUCCUCUCCCACGCUAGAUCAUUGUAUAACGCUUCCAAUUCCACAAGUCCAAAAUCGACAUACUACGAAAGUCUAGGGGAAGAGGUCUCAGCAUACGCUUCCUCGAACUGGCAAGAUGACUAUGUGUUAUCUGCACUAUCCUUGGCUAUAGCUACCAAUCAAUCGAAUUAUUACCUAGAUGCUUAUAAUGGGUAUGUCAGUUAUGCUUUAUCGGGCCUGAAGGAAGUAUGGAAUUGGGAUUCAGCCAUACCCGCUAUAUACGUCAUGUUCAGUGAAGUGGCCAUUACCCGACCUGGAUUAGCACCGGAAGUGGGAUUGAACACGAAUUUGACGGGCUGGAGGAACGAGACGGAGGCGUACUUCGAUAGUAUCAUCGACGGGAGUUUUAAGAGGAGUUAUUUAACUAAAGGAGGUCUACUCUACUUUGACGGAGACUCCGACGAAGCGUCACUCAACCCUGCAAUGGCCAUUGCAAUGUUGAUGUUCAGAUACGCUCCUAUCGCUUCAAGUCAAGAGAAAACUGAUGAGUAUAACGCUUUCGCUCAAGGCCAGCUGGAGUAUAUGUUAGGUAAUAACCCGAUGAAUGCUGUAUACUUGGUCGGAUCCCAUCCUAACUCACCCCAAAAUCCCCACUCGGCUCCAGCGUCGGGAGGAAGCGAUAUCUUACAUAUAAGAAAUUCACCUCCUACUGAGGCUCACGUACUCUAUGGAGCGAUGGUAGGAGGACCUCUGGACAAUGAUAGGUUCUGGGAUUGGAGGGAUGAUUGGGUUCAGACUGAAAUUGCACUGGAUUAUAAUGCUAUGAUACCUACUCUGGCGGCUAUGCAGCUGCUCAAUCAAACAUCCGAUCCAUACUACGUUCAAGUCCAAGCUGGAACAUACUCCAUCCCAUCCGGACAACCUUGUGACGCAGCCCUACCUUGCGGAGGGGGCUUGUCCACAGGUGCCAAAGCUGGUAUCGCCAUCGGUGUCAUACUGGGUGUUUUGUUUAUACUUGCUGGUAUAUUCUACUGGAAGAGGAAACAGAUAGCGAGAUGGUGGAGAAAGGGUUAUAGAAGGUAG